AUGGAUCUUAAUCUUGAUGCGCCACACUCAAUGGGGACGACUAUCAUCGGCGUUACUUACAAUGGAGGUGUCGUUCUUGGAGCUGACUCACGUACCAGCACCGGGAUGUACGUAGCGAAUCGAGCUUCAGACAAGAUUACACAACUAACCGACAAUGCUGCUGAUUCUCAGGUUGUCUCGGACUAUGUUCGCUACUUCCUUCACCAGCAUACAAUUCAGCUGGGGCAGCCUGCAACCGUGAAGGUUUCUGCUAACCUUAUCAGGAUGCUCGCUUAUAAUAACAAGAACAUGCUCCAAACCGGCCUCAUUGUUGGUGGCUGGGACAAAUACGAAGGUGGGAAGAUCUAUGGGAUUCCUCUUGGUGGAACUGUAGUGGAGCAACCGUUUGCUAUUGGAGGCUCUGGCUCUAGUUACCUUUACGGUUUCUUUGAUCAGGCGUGGAAAGAAAACAUGACCAAAGAAGAAGCCGAGCAACUUGUUGUGAAGGCGGUUUCACUAGCCAUCGCCCGUGAUGGAGCCAGUGGAGGGGUUGUACGGACCGUCAUAAUAAACUCAGAGGGAGUGACAAGAAACUUCUACCCUGGGGACAAGUUGCAGCUAUGGCACGAGGAGUUGGAGCCACAAAACUCUUUGUUAGACAUCUUGAACGCUGCUGGUCCUGAGCCAAUGGCCAUAUGA